AUGGCUUCCAACUCCAGCUCCACCUUCUCGAGCUCGCCUCGCGACAUUUCCGGCUCCUCGCCGUCGGGCUACUCGUGCGCCUAUCCCAGCUGGCCGAGCGGCAACAGCUUCGGCACCGGCUCGUAUCGCAACAACACGCCCAGCUCCUACAUCAGCGACGAGGAUCUGUUCGGCGACGACCUGCUCGGCGGCUCUCCCUUCCUCGAGGAGGCGCCAGCGCCACCCCGGAUGCCGCAGAUGCCCCAGCAGGUCGCACAGCCCCUCCUGCCGCUCUACGCCAGCCCCAAGAAGCCCAGGCAGCAGAGCUCCAAGCAAAGGCGCCCUUCCAAGCCCAUGAGCCCCAUCAGCGAGUCGCCUGCAAAGCCCGCCGAGUGA